GGAGAUACUUCCCUUUAAGGUAUUGGUUGAGCUUGGGAUAUAUGCAUCCUCGGGGUACAGCAUCGACUGUGUCAUAAUAUGUAACUGUGCCCAAUGUUCUUGAACGCACCCCAUAGCUGCGGACGUAGAUUUGACUGCGCAAACCAUGAAACAAACAGCAUUUGUUUUAACUCCUGUCUGUUAUUUUCCAAGCCUAUCAAAGUCGUAUUAAUUUGCUCUUCACGACAUUGGGUUUUCCACGUCGGAUGUAACAAAACUACUCAGACAUAAUGCUGAUAAAUCGCAGUUCCGUUCUUACUUUGAUCGCUUUUCAUACAAUGUAACUUAACUGUUCGAAACAGCGGCUCGCUCGAAGAUCGGACAGCCUCAUACUUCCUGAUGCAUUACAACGUCCAAGAUGCUUGAGACGCCACCUGGAUAUCCCUUCGAAGAUAUAGAAUAUGAGGACAUAGAAGUUGAAGAGGUUGUUGGCAGAGGGACAUUUGGAGUUGUCUUCAAGGCCAAAUGGAAGGGCAAAGAUGUGGCCAUUAAGACAAUAGAGAGUGAAUCUGAGAGGAAAGCCUUUGUAGUAGAGCUCCGCCAGCUUUCCAGAGUAAAUCACCCAAACAUUGUAAAGCUCUAUGGCUCAUGUCAUAAUCCAGUGUGUCUGGUUAUGGAAUAUGCAGAGGGUGGGUCAUUAUACAAUGUUCUACAUGGAGCCGAGCCCCUGCCUCAGUACAGCGCCUCCCAUGCGAUGAGCUGGUGUCUGCAGUGUGCCCAGGGAGUCUCCUAUCUCCACGGCAUGAAACCCAAGGCCCUCAUUCACAGAGACCUCAAACCUCCCAACCUGCUGCUGGUGCAGGGUGGCACCGUGUUGAAGAUCUGCGACUUCGGGACAGCUUGUGACAUCCAGACUCACAUGACCAACAACAAAGGAAGUGCCGCGUGGAUGGCCCCGGAAGUGUUUGAAGGUAGUAACUACAGUGAGAAGUGCGACGUGUUCAGCUGGGGCAUCAUCCUGUGGGAGGUGAUCACCCGAAGGAAGCCCUUUGACGAGAUCGGCGGAUCGGCCUUCUGCAUCAUGUGGGCUGUGCACAGAGGUACUCGCCCACCCCUGAUAAAGGAUCUCCCAGAGCCCAUUGAGGGCCUGAUGACCCACUGCUGGGACAAGGAGCCGGCCCAGAGGCCCUCCAUGGAGGAGGUCAGAAACACCAUGGCAAGCCUCAUGAAGUACUUCCCAGGGUCGGAUGAACCACUGCAGUACCCCCACCAGUGUCCAGGCAACAGCCGGAGUGGCUCCUCUUCGUCCACAAGCACAGGUUCCUACGCAGAUAACACUAUCAACAGCUACAGGACUGAAACCAACAUGGAACCAGGAACGAACUCUCAAGGAAGAGAUGACACCCUGAAAAGCAUUGAAGCUAGAUUUCCACUUCAGUUCAAACCAUCAAAGGUGGGUACGUUACGCCCCAGCCUGUCCUUGUCCCGACGGGCAAGUGUGGAGAGCCUUCCUGACCGUGAGCGUACCCAGAGCCCUGCCCCCACUGAGAUCAAAGGCUCUGAGAUACGGAUGCCUGUUAGUCCCUCGGAUAUUAAUGGUAUGGACAGCUCCAUCCCCAUGGCAUAUCUGACACUUGACCACCAGCUUCAGCCCCUGGCGCCGUUCUCUAACGCCAGAGAGUCCAUGGCAGUGUUUGAGCAACACUGCAGGAUGGCCCAGGAGUACCUGAAAGUGCAGACUGAAAUUGCCCUGCUCACCCAGAGAAAGAAGGAGUUAAUCUCUGAGCUGGACCAGGAUGAGAGGGAGCAACAGAACACAUCUCGUCUGGUUCAGGAGCACAACAAACUGUUGGAUGAGAACAAGAGCCUCUCCACCUACUUCCACAUUUGUAAGAGCAAGCUGGAGCGGAUCCAGAAUCAGCAACAACAGAAGAGUUAGAAUGGCACUGAUGCGUGCUCGUCGCCUCUGAACUGUCCUCAGAUCAGCAGCAGUUAGAGAGACUGUCAAUUGGCCAAUUCUUUAUGUCUCCUUUGUCAAUUCUUGUUUUGGUUUUGACAGUCAAAUAUACCUGCCAUAUACUUUUUGUUUUUUAGGAUUAGCAGCCAAAGAGUCUGGCCAGUCCCUGAAACUCCUUUUUGCUCUUAAGCUGUUAUUGGAUCACUGGCCAAAGAGGAAGGCCAUGUAAUUACAAAUCAUUUGUAGAGCCUCAACUGAUCCACAGUUAACAGUAGAUUACACAGUUAAGCGUGUCUCCCCUCAGGCCCUAGUUCCUCAUUGUUUUGUGCAGUAAUGACAUACUUCACCUGUCACUACCCAAAACCACAUUCAGUACAUCUGUGUGGUGAAAGAUGUCUCAACAGCUCAGUUUAUUUCAGUAGUUGUUUUUGUUUUGCCAGAGAACCAGUGUGCAUUGAGGAAGUAAGCGAAGCCCUGUAAAUUGAAUCUCUCUGGUAGCUGGUGACAUCCCAAGUAUAUGUGUGAUAUGAGAAAGGCUUUUGUAGAGAGUUGUUGAUAAGAUAUUUCCUGUCUUGUGGCAGAUGACUGUCUUUGCAGGUUAUUGUAGAAGUUCUAAUAGUGAGAGUGGUAUUUCAUCUUAUUAUUACUCCCUGAUUACGAUAUUUCGGUUGUAGUUUGAAGGGAGAUGGAGGAGAUAACGCAGUGAUGUUAUUUCACACAUACUGUUGUCUUUUUAAAUGUGUAUAUUUUUAUCUAUUCAAUGGGUCAUCGGAAGUGAUGAUAGUAUUUCAAAUGGAACAUUCUUUUUAUGAAUUUUAAGGAGCCCAGCUAUGCCUAACCAUGUUUGGAAAAUUAGCAAUCUUUUAUUAUAGUUUUGAGAUCUAUCUGCCUAUGUUUUAAAAUAUAUUUUCAUUGAGACGACCUCAGUGAGAAUGCCUCCACCCCACAAUUCACCCGUUAUUGGGGUUUGUUUUGUUCAUUAUAGUCAGUAUUUCACUUGUAUACACACCAACAGUGUUCAGUGUCUAUGUGCUGGUUGUGGAAUAACCAUUUGGUCUUUUCCCAGCACUUCUAUCAAUAUGUAAUACACUUUGAUUUGCUUUAUUUGCCUUCUGUGUGUUUUCACAAGUUGCCUUAGGCCGUAUCGCACUCUGUACUAUAUUUUCUGUAACAGCGUUUUGACUUUUGAUUGUAUAUCUUCAGAAUUUCAAAAGUACUUCACUAAAAAAGUAAUGCACUCCAGAAAAGACUUUCUUUCAUUAUUUGUACGACGGACAUUAUGUAUUUCGUUUUUUGCCGUAGCCUUUCUUUCAGAUUUUAUUUGCGCUUUGUGUGUCACGUGGUUUAGAAAUGCCUGUAUACUUUGUUGCAUAAAGAGAUUCUCAUUUAGAUUUCAGUGGCAUUAGAAUAGUCUUUGAAAGUUGUCUAAACAAAUAUAUUUGCACAAAUUUUGA